CACAGCGAGCGGUCCCAGCAAAGCCAUGGGUCAUGGCGAGCGCGACUCCAGUUAGAGUGUGGAUAAUGAGUUGCGCUGAUCCAUCUGUCUGGGCACAUUCGUCUGCCCCUCCACGCUGAGCUGGGGACACUCGUUCUGCCUCCAGCUGCCCGCAGUGCCGAGCGACCUUCCCUGUGCGACCCCAGCUGAGGAGGAACGUGGCCCUCGCCAUCCUGGUGGAGCAGCUCAGAGUUGGAGACGGGAUGGCCGCGGUCGUCGUGUGUGACCACUGCACUGACGGCCAGACCCCUGCAGUGAAGACCUGCCUGAGAUGUGAGAUGUCCUUCUGUGCGACACACUUGAAGCCUCAUCUAGAGAAUCCCAGGUUGAGUGACCACGUCCUGGUGGCUCCCAGCGCGAACCUGGAGGCGCGAUGGUGCCUGGUGCACUGCAGGGAGCUGGAAUUCUUCUGCACAGUAGACAGCAGCCGGGUCUGCUCAACUUGCACCAUCACAGGAGAACAUAAAGAACACAAGGUUCUGACGCUACAGGACGAGCACGAGACACGGAAGAGGCGCGUAGAGGAGGAGACGCUAGCCGUGGAGGAGAAGAGAAAGAAAGUGAAGAAGUCCGUGAAGCAGAUCGAGGCCGCUUGCAAGGAGGUGCAGAAAUCGGUGGAUGGGAUCAGGGGACGCAUCACGGGCAAGUUCGCCCGCCUAAGGAAGGCUCUGGACAAAGAUGAGAGGGAGGCUCUACGUCUCGUGGCCGUGAAGGAGCGCGAGCUGCUGUCCCGGAUAGACGAGGACAUCGCUCAUCACACGCAGGAGAUCGGCGAGCUCCAGGAGACAGCCGAUCGCCUGCGCAAUCUGCAGCAGAAGAGGGACUCGCUCGCCUUCCUGCAGGGGCACCUGGAGGAGACGCGCAGGAGAGAGAUCCAAAAUGAAUCUGCACCCCCACCUCCCACUUCACUGGACGCCACCACGAUCUGCUCUCUUGAACGAGUGGUGAACAGAUUCCUGACUUUCGCUUAUGGACGCUCACCGACUCUGGACACAAACUCAGCCCACGACGACCUCCACAUUUCCUCGGAUCUCAGGACGGCGACGUGCAGCGGUGUCCCCCAGCGUCGCCCUCAUCACCUAUACCGCUUUGAGUACUGGCCACAAGCCCUGUGCUCUGAGAGCUACUCGUUGGGUCAUCACUACUGGGAGGUGGACGUGGGGAGCGCGAGGUGGUGUCGGGUUGGAGUCGCGUACGGGACGAUCCAACGGAGAAGGGGUGGUGCUGAGUGCCUCCUGGGAGGGAGUGACGUCUCCUGGUGUCUACAGAAACGUGGCGACAUCUUCUCAGUGAGGCAUAGCGGGGUAGAGACCUCACUGUUGGUGCUCGAGCCUCCGCUGAGAGUCGGGGUUCAUCUGGACUGGGACGCAGGGAUGCUGUCGUUUUACAGUGCCGACUCCAUGGCGCUGUUGCACUCGUUCCACCAAACCUUCACUCAGCCCCUACAUCCUGGGUUGGCAGUGGAGUGGUGCGGUGACUCAUUGAGGAUUGUGGAUCUGAGUGGUGCGUCUUGAGAGAGGUAAACGUGAACAGCAUCGAGGGAUAGACACAACGACGCACGGCGCAUGCCACCCUUGUCACCAUCACGCGCAGUGCCACGCCCGUGACUGGCUAAUGGCUGUCGGUGGCUAGGGGCUGCGUGGCUUACCAUCGCAACGGGGCGGUUGGCGGGUGAUAAAAUAAGUACCACUCUGUGUGUGUGAAUGUAACGUGGGUGUAUUCACACUGCCAGAGGAGUGUGACUGUAGUGUAGGGGUGCAGUGAUUAGCACUAGUGGUGGCAUGGAUUGUGGGAGAGAUACAACACC